AUGCUGAGCAAGAAUGACGACAAAAUCGAAGUCAUGCUUUUUGCUUCUCCUCACAACCUCAAAGCCUUGGACCACAUUGCUAUACAAGUUGGUGACUGCCUCGUCAGGUCCUCGCCAGAUGUAAGGAAUUUUGGUGUUAUCUUUGACACCAAGAUGAACAUGGAGAAACAGGUGACCAGCGUUUGUAAAUCCGCCUAUGCACAAUUGAGAAAUAUUGGUCAUAUCUGGAGGUACCUGACCAACCGUGCAGCGAGAUCUCUCGCUACUGGUCUGGUCAUUUCCAGGCUUGACUACUGUAAUUCGUUUCUCGGCUGGCUGCCUAAAGUUCUUACCAAGUGGCUGCAACGGGUCCAGAAUACUGCAGCCCGCAUCGUAACCGGCACACCCAGGCAUGAACACAUCUCACCAGUGUUAAAGCAGUUGCACUGGCUGCCCGUGGGGAAGCGAAUUCAGUUCAAGACUCUGGUUCUGGCCUUCAGGUGCCUGCACGGCCAGGCCCCUAGGUAUCUCUCUGAUAUGAUCAAUGUUGACAAACCUCAAAGGCUCCUAAGGUCGGAAAAUUCUUUCACCCUGGUUAUCCCAGGUGCACGGACACAGGACGACGAACGGCGGUUCAGCGUUUUCACCGCCAAGCUCUGGAACCAAUUGCCAGAGGGCUUACAGAAGGCACCCAGUCUAAACAUCUUCAAAAAAAUGCUCAAAACACAUCUUUUCAACAAGUGCCUUCUGUAA